CUCCUCCUCGUUUUCAUUGGUUCUCCCUCCCGGCUUGAGAGUUUUCCCGCGCGUCUUCUGGCGUUAAACAACACACUGCCCUGUCAGCCUUUUAGCGGCUGUAAGCUAGCUCAUCCUCCGCAGUUUAACACAAACAACCCGUAACGGUGCUUUUGCGGCAGAUAAUGUCCUCCCAGAAUUACGACUCGGCCUGUUUACCGGACUUAUUGCCGCUGUACUACCGACGGCUGUUCCCCUUCUCACAGUACUACCGAUGGCUGAACUACGGAGGAGUGCAGAAGAACUACUUUCAGAAUCGAGAGUUCUCCUUCACGCUCAAAGAUGACAUCUACGUCCGCUACCAGUCGUUCAGCACGCAGACUGAGCUGGAGAGGGAGAUGCAGAAGAUGAACCCCUACAAGAUUGACAUCGGAGCCAUUUACAGUCACAGGCCCAGUCAACACAACACCGUGAAGUCGGGAACCUUCCAGGCCCUGGAGAAGGAGCUGGUGUUUGAUAUCGAUAUGACAGAUUACGAUGACGUCAGAAGCUGCUGCAGUGCUGCAGACAUUUGCUGCAAGUGCUGGACCCUGAUGACCAUCGCCAUCCGGAUCCUAGAUCGGUCUCUUCGAGAUGACUUUGGUUUCCAGCAGCUGCUGUGGGUUUAUUCCGGCAGAAGAGGAGUGCAUUGCUGGGUGUGUGAUGAAGGUGCCAGGAAGCUCUCUUCGGCAGCACGCUCUGCAGUUGCAGAAUACCUCAGUCUGGUCAAGGGAGGUGACGAGACGUUGAAGAAAGUUGUGCUCACAGAUCCAAUUCAUCCAUUUAUCAGAGAGUCUUUGGUGUUGGUGGAGCGGUACUUUUCCCGGUACGCACUACAGGAACAGGACAUUCUGGGCCGCAAGGAAUCUGUGGACAAAGUGUUGUCACUCAUACCUGAAGAUGCAAGAAAAGAAUUACAGCACUACUUCCAAAACGAGAAGAAACCAGAGACCCGUUGGAAACUGGUGAAGGAUCAAGCCGUGAGGAAGCAGGGCACUUCCAAAAAGGGCCAGCACUUUGAGAAAGAAAUCAUGCUGCAGUAUUGUUACCCGCGGCUGGAUGUGAACGUCAGUAAAGGAGUGAACCACUUGCUGAAGAGCCCCUUCAGCGUCCACCCCAAAACUGGGCGCAUUUCUGUUCCCAUGGACCUCAAAGAAUUGGAAACAUUUGAUCCAUUCGCUGUGCCCACCAUCAGUCAGAUCUGCGAGGAGCUGGAUCGACCAAGGUCGGGCGAAGAGGACGGGAAGUCAGAGGACGCCAAGGAGAAGGAAAACGAGAAGGAGGCAGCAGAGAGAAGAAGGAUCAGAGAUUACAAAAGAACGAGCCUGGCCAAGUAUGUAAAGUACUUUGAUCAGUUCCUCGAUGGGAUGGCUCGCUCGUGGAAAGGAGAACUUCUAAAAAAAAGUGAUGUUCAGAAAGACUUCUGAAGCAGAUCGACAAUCAGGAAGAGAUGCAGAGGACAAAUUGUUAAUCGCUCCCCACUUUCAUUAAACAUAAAACGCGGUAAUAACAAAUAAUUAAAAAAACCUAAGCAUAUAAUCUCCUCGCUCAAGGAUCUUUCUCGUCCGUUUAAAUUGUUGUGAUGUUUGCAUGUUUUUUUCUAUUGUACAGUCAUGUGUUGAAAAUAAAUUUGGUAUUUCCACUUUUUCAAAAUCU